UACUGCUUGGUACUUCGCGUGUGCGGUUUUAUUAAAAUAAUUUUAUCAGACGUUUUGUUAUUUUAAUGUAAAUGAUAAUUUGUUCUUAUUGGUUGAUACAAAUAGUAAAAUUUUAGGAGUUACAAUGCAAUUAUUAUUAUUAAAUUUAACGAUUGCUGCUAGCCUUAUAGGUUUAAUGAGUACUACUCCUACCUCAAAGCCACCCUUGUCAGAGAACAAUUGUGGCUACAAGUCUUGCCAUCCUAUUAAAAAAGGUUUCAUCAAUGUCCAUAUCGUACCUCACACCCACGACGAUGUCGGAUGGUUAAAAACCGUAGAUCAAUAUUACUAUGGAAGUAACAGCAAGUAUCAAAAUGCCGGAGUACAAUACAUCCUGGAUACUGUCGUGGACUCUUUAAGAAAAGACAAAAACAGAAGGUUUAUAUACGUCGAAACGGCAUUUUUCUGGAAAUGGUGGAUCAAGCAACACGACAUAGUCAAAUCCAGAGUCCGCAAGCUCGUCUACAACGGCCAAUUGGAAUUUAUUAGCGGCGGCUGGAGUAUGAACGACGAAGCCGUAACUCAUUAUCAUUCCAUAAUCGAUCAAAUGACUUGGGGCUUGAGGAAAUUGAAUGAGACCUUUGGCGAGUGCGGCAGACCGAAAAUCGGCUGGCAAAUCGAUCCUUUUGGGCAUAGUAGGGAAAUGGCCAGUAUUUUUGCCCAGCUGGGUUUUGAUGGGGUGCUAUUGGGGAGAAUCGAUCAUCAGGAGAAACGGUUUAGGUGGCAAACUAGGACACCUGAAAUGGUGUGGCGUGGGAGUGACAGCUUAGGAGAGGUAAGUGACAUAUUCACAGGCGUAAUGUACAACACCUACGCGCCGCCUCCUGGAUUUUGCUUCGAUAUUUUAUGCGGAGACGAGCCAAUUAUAGAUGACAAAAAAAGCUUUGAAUAUAACGUCAACAGAAGGGUUGAUGAAUUUGUUGCUUAUCUAGACAACGUUACACAAGUUUAUUCCACAAACAACGUCAUCAUUACCAUGGGCGAAGACUUCAACUACCAAGACGCUGAAGCCUGGUUCAUCAAUCUGGACAAACUAAUUUACUAUGUGAAUGAACGUCAAUUAACUGGCUCAAAAUACAAUCUAAUUUACUCAACACCGUCCUGUUACGUUAACGCCAUCCACAAUGAGACUAAAAACAACUGGAUUCUGAAGCAGGACGACUUUUUCCCUUACGCUUCCGAUCCUCACGCUUUCUGGACAGGAUACUUUACAUCCAGGCCUGCCUUAAAACGAUUUGAACGACUGGGAAACAAUUUUUUGCAAGUUUGCAAGCAGCUCUACGCCUUAGCUGAUCUUGGUCCAGAGGAUAUGGUGGACUUGAAUGCAUUGAGGGAAGCCAUGGGAGUGAUGCAGCAUCACGAUGCGAUAACAGGAACUGAAAAACAGCAUGUGGCUAAUGAUUAUGCCAGGCAAUUGCAACGAGGCAUGGAUGAAUGUGAGAUAAUUACCAAUGCAGCAAUAAGCAAACUGCUUGAGGUUAAUAUUGAACUUAAGACGUGUCCUCUGUUAAAUGUUAGCCAAUGCACAACAACAACUACAAACGAUGGAUUUGUUGUAACCAUUUAUAAUCCGCUUAGUAGGCCUGUGGACAAAGUGGUCCGAUUACCUGUCAAAGAAGACUCGUAUUCGGUCAAUGAUUUGCAAGGGACUGAAUACAAAACCCAAGUAAUUCCAAUUCCUGAUUUUAUCAAAAACAUACCUGGAAGAAGUAGUCAAGCAAAAAACGAGCUGAUUUUUAUUGCACGGGGCAUUCCAGCAUUAGGCUGGAAAUCUUAUAGAGUAAUGGUUUAUGGGAAAACUAAUAAGAACAUUAUUGCAUCUAUAAAAGGCAAUAAACACAGUGUCAAGGACACUGCCUUUAUUAUGGACCCAAAUACGGGCCUUAUAAGUAGCCUCACAAUCAAAAACGUAUCAAUAGACCUUAGCCAAAACUUCUUCUAUUACAAUGGCUUUGUUGGUGACAACAGUAAAUUCGAAAAUCGUUCUUCUGGGGCCUACAUCUUCAGGCCUGAUGGCCCUCUACAAAAAAUAACAAAUAAAAAAGUGGACUAUAAAGUAUACGAAGGAGAACUUGUAGCAGAAAUCCAUCAAACUUUCAACGAAUACAUAAGUCAAAUUAUUAGAGUUAACGCCAUAGAUGAUUACGUGGAAUUCGAUUGGAUAAUUGGACCUUUGCCCCACAGCAACAAAAAUGGCGUUGAAGUGGUGACAAAAUACCAAUCAGACCUCAAGUCCAACCAAGUUUUCUACACGGACUCUAAUGGCAAACAAAUGCUCAAACGAAUCAGGAAUUUCCGACCUUCCUGGAAAGUGAACUUAUCUGAACCAGUGGCAGGAAAUUACUACCCAGUGACAACACAAAUUUCCAUCAAAGACACUGAAAACGAAUUGGCCGUUUUGGUUGACAGAGCCCAAGGAGGCACUAGCCUUAAGGAUGGGGAAAUUGAACUGAUGGUUCAUAGAAAUUGCCUGCACGAUGACGCUUUUGGUGUUGGAGAGGCUUUGAACGAGACCGCUUUCGGACUUGGAUUGGUUGUAAGAGGUUCUCAUUACGUUACUGUGGGUAAUAAUGGAAUGGCAGCAUUAACAAAAGAUAUUGUUCAAAGAAGGUUACUGGAUACUUGGACUUUUGUUGUGCCUGUUGACGAAAAAGUCAAGUAUAAUAUGGAGUUUGCAGGUCUCAAGCGCCCACUUCCAAAAAGCGUCCAAAUCUUGACAUUAGAACCAUGGACCGGUUUUGACUUUCUACUAAGGCUUGAGCAUGUUUUUGAGAAAAGCGACCAACCUCAACCUGUAGUGGUACCUUUAGCUGACCUUUUUACAUCGUUUGAAAUAAUCUCAGCCCAAGAAACCACUUUGGGAGGCAACCAAUGGCUCAAAGACAGCCACAGGUUGCAUUUCAAUACAAAUGGCACCGUAGAAGAUUUAUUGUACCAAGACUACAAUAUAGUGACAGACUAUGAGACUGAGACACACUUGCUUCGAAACAGCAUCAAAAGACACACAGUGAUAAAUGCAUUUGAUGAUGAUUCAUUGAAUGUCAGCCUAUUACCAGGACAGAUUCGCACUUUUAUUAUUCAGAUUAAAAAAUAUUAGAUUUAUUUGAAUAAAACUUAUAUUUAACAUUUAAUACAAUCGUUUUUCAUAUGAGAAUAAACUGUGAACGCUUCCUUCUUGUUGGGCUGAAUGAGAUCUCAAUUCAAAACGUAGUUGUUCCAAGCUCAUCAUUUUACUGUAAAUAAGUCAGUCUUAAGUAACUAUAAAAUAAAAACACUAUUAGUUACCUGAGUUGUUUCAAAGAUCUAGCUCCAAUAUCCUGACACCCGUGCUUAAUCCCAGUUAUUAGAUAAGGGACGUAAGUGAGAACUGAUCCUUUGUCCACUAUACUUCCGCUGACACCUUGGGCUACUUUCAGUUGGUCGCCUUCGGUGUGGAAAUACCUGCUCAUAGCAGAGCCGACCGCAUCUUUUCUGGACAUGGCUUCAAUACUGCCCAUUCCUCUGUACUUUUUCAGGCGGACACCGUCUACGUAAAAGUAUUCGCCUGGCGCUUCUGAGGUACCCGCCAACAUUGAACCCAUCAUAACUUUGAUGCUCCAAGAGCCAAAGCCUUGAUAAUAGCCCCCGUAGAAGAAAUUCCUCCAUCAGCAAUAACAGGCACUCCAAAUCUUUUGGCAUAUUCAGAUACUUUGUAGACGGCUGUAGCCUGUGGUCGCCCUACAGCCAUCACUUCUUGUGUGAUGCAUAUGCUGCCACUACCCAUGCCCACUCUCAGACCAUCUGCUCCUGCUUGUAUGAGGUUUUUCGCUUGUUCUCUUGUUACAACUAGAAAAAUGUUUUUAGUACUGUUGCUUAAUAAUUGCUGUGCCUGCUUACCAUUGCCUGCAAUAACUUCAAUAUCUGGAUAAGUAGUUUUGAUGUAUUUAAUCAUGUCGACUUGAUAAGUUGAAUUUCCUUGAGAAGAGUCUAGGACUAUGACGUCAACACCUGCUUGAACCAAUAGAGCUAGUCUUUCUUUGUCGUGUUCUCUUGUUCCAAUUGCUGCACCAACUAUUAAUUGUCUAUAAAACAAAAUUCAAUAUUUUAUCAACAAUUAUUAAGUUUUCACUUACUUAUUCUGAUCCUUUGAAGCUGUGGGAUAGCUUUUAGCUUUUUUCAAGUCAGUCCUAGCAAUGAGGGCAAUUAAACUACCAUCAGGACAAACAAUAGGCAACUUGCCCUUCUUGCUUUUCUCCAAAAUGGUAUUGGCCUCCUUCAAAGUCACAUCCGAGCCAGCAGUCACUAAAUCCUCCAACUUAGUCAUAACUUUCUCCAAAGUUGUAGCUUUGUGAUUGUUGGUGUCCAAAAAGUCAAUGUCUCUGGAAGUGACCAUGCCUACAAGCUUGCCACCCAGCAGUCCGUUUUCUGUGAUGGGUAUUCCGCAGAAAUUGUGUUUGGCUUUGAUUUCCAGAACGUCCAGGACGGUGUUUGUGGGGCCUAGUACUAUUGGGUCUCUGAUGAAACCGUGCUUGUACUUUUUGGCUUUUUGCACUUCGUCGGCUUGGUAUUCUGGGGAACAGUUGUGGUGGAUUAUGCCU